UCGAACAAUUUUUAUUGUGCUGGGAGCAUUUUCUGUCUACUUUCCCGGAGGAAGACGUGUACAAUUCCAUCUUCUUUGUGUGCAUUGAGCUCCGCAAAACAGUCCACUUCACGCAGCACCAUGAGUGACAAUGUCGAAAUUACCGACGCGAAAUUCUUCGUGCGCUCGUUCAUUCGCUUCCUGACGGGCCAGAUAGAGAAGCCAAACUUUAACGCCGAUUCUCGGGAGAGCCUAGAAGUGGCCAUACAGUGUCUGGAGAAUGUGUACGAGCUGAGCGAGGACGACGAUAAGCCGGCAACGGCAGCGGGCGAAGGGAGCAGCGGGCCGUCCAAAGAGGAGAACGAUCCUCGCAAUCACAUCGAUCUGUACGACCUCUACCGGAACACGUUCGUCGAAGUGUCACCGGAGCGUAAACAGGAAGCCGAGGGCCUGAAGAACGAGGGAAAUCGACUGAUGAAAGAGGAGAAAUACCAAGAGGCACUGAAUACCUACAGCAAGGCGAUUUAUAUGGAUGGCACGAAUCCGGUGUUUUACUGCAACCGGGCCGCCGCAUACAGUCGGCUCGGGGACUACAACCAGGCGGCCAAUGACUGCAAGAUGGCCCUUAGGCAUGAUCCGAACUACAGCAAGGCAUGGGGCCGGCUGGGCUUGGCGUACUCUAAGAUGAACCUUCACCAGCAAGCCAUCGGCGCGUAUCAGAAUGCGAUUCGUCUUGAGCCUGAUAACCAGGACUACAAAAACAAUCUGAACGUUUCGCAGCAGCAUCUUGAGGAGCGCUCGCGCAAUCCCGUUCAAGCGGCCGGUGCCGGUGGUGCUAAUCCAGUCGAUAACAUUGACUUUGCUGCUGCACUCAACAAUUCCGAUCUGGUGCAAAUGGCCACCCGUAUGAUGGGCGACCCAUCAAUACAGAACAUGCUUGGACAGCUGGGCGGAAUGAACAACAUGGACGCGUUGUUAGAAACUGGCCGCCGUUUGGCUAUGCAGAUGAGCUCCGAAAAUCCGGACCUUUUCAGUAACGUCAUUAGACAGAUGGAGCAGGCUGGAGUGAAUGUACCACGAAACAAUCCACCUAAUCCGGAUGGGAGCCAGCCGCAACCUCCACCAAAUCCGCCAUCUUCCUAAAUGUCCCAAAACUAGCAGCAUUUUACGAGCAUUUUGCGUGUGUAUUUGUGUCCGACUACUGCUCCGAUUGUUUUGAUUUUCCCGUUCCCCCACACCAAGCCGCCUCGUGAUCGGUUCUUCCGCACCGGUUUUCUGCCGGGUAGCUCUCUGCUCUGCAAGAAACCGAAAGGGGGCGGAUGAAGUAAUAUAAUUCAUGUCUUCUUGGUAAAAAAGACACACAAACACGCGCCAAGGUUGUUUUGUGUUUGUAUCGACAAGUUUUCGAUUCGUUAACUUUGGGAAAG